AUGCCAAGUUCAAUGAGUGAUUUAGCUGCUAGAAUGAAUCAACGGAAGCAGCGUCUUCAAGAAGAUCAACAAAAUUUUGAUCGAAAACGUAAUACUUACGCUCAAAAUCCUGAUGGAAUCAGUGAAGUGUCUGAAAUAGAAUCAAGUCAACAAGCCCCUAAACCUAAACAACGUCAUCAUCGUUCAUCAACAAAAAGUCCAUUUGAUGAUGAUAGCUCAUUGCAAUUUGGUUAUCAUGAUAAAAAAUCUCAUUCAACAACAACAACAUCAUCGAGUACACCACGUCAACCAAAUAAAUUCGUAAAAAAAGCAACAACAAUACCUACUGCUACAACGGAAAAAAUUAGUGUAACACAUUCACCACGAGAUGUUUCAUCACCUCGAGUAUCAACAAAGAAAACUUCUGAUAAAAAACCUCAACAAUCAUCAUCAACUGGUCUUCUUGCUCAAUCAUCACUUUUAGCUCGUGCUGCACAUCGACAACAAUUAUAUGCUAAAGGUAUUGAAUUAGAACCAGGCGCCUUUGAUCAAGUCAAUGAUGAAGAUGAAUCAAGUUCAGAUGCAACAACAAGUGGUUCAAGAAAUUUAUUUGGUUCUGGAAAAAAAAGUUUUCUAAAAAAAACUGCAACAACUACACCUGCUAAUCAAGUACCAGAUUUACAACAUCUUGAUAGUGAAACAUAUAGUAGUGAUCGAGAAGGCAAAAGAAAUAAACAUAACAAGAAUAGACGACCGUCUUCAGGUAUAAAAAUAUUUUAA